ACGUAAAAGAUAUCCCCGGUAUGAGUCUAGAGCUGUGGAUAUCGAGGGCUGUCGACGGCCGAGACCGGCAACUGACGGAAGUCGUGAUGCUGGUGUUCGAAUUCUUCCGAGGCUUGACGGCCAUUGCCGAUCUGCAGCUACAAAACACAUAGCUUCAAUGCGCCUUCGUCCGGGCGCAGAACCAUACCGACUCUCUUAGCCUUUACUGAAUGUUGCUGCAUCGUUGCAUCUUUACACAAUGCUGGUUGUCACGACAGACCUCGGCAUCGACUGUGACGUCUUCUGUAAGAGUGACAAUAGGGCUUGUUCCAUACCUAAAAGGUCUCGGGAACCUGUUCGAUAUCAAUGAGCCUUGGUGGCGAGUGAUCUGGUGUGGUCCUGGGACUCUGAUGACUCUUCAUUUGAACGUUUCGACAACUCUCUACAGAUCGAAAGAGCAUAGAAUGUCUGGCACGAGUAGAUGCCGAGCGGAUCGCCUGAAUGACCAAAGCACAUGCUUCACGGGGACAGAAUAAGUUCGAUAUUGAUCAGUGUUAGAUAUGGACACGAUCGAAUCGCCACGACUCUGGUCACUAGUACGGAAAUCAUCUUGGACUUCAAGCC